AUGCGGGCGACCUCUGUCGGCGAUCUCGAGGAGAAUACAGAUGGAGUCAUGGAGCUAUCGAUGGCCCUUCGUCUGAGAGCAUUUCGGGAGGACGCCGGAGUACGCGAGAUAUGCGAGGCUAACGGCCUCAACGAGAAUGCGUUUGUCCGGGAGAGUCACCUGCUGCGGUCCUUGGAUCUUUUCAUGAGCGGCUUGAGGGACUUGGGCUGCCUCAGCUACUUCGGAGGCCUUACAGCGGUCUGCUUCAUCAAUGUACCUAACCUCACCUCUGUGUCAGGGCUGGACGAGUGCUGUCCUGGUCUAGAAAGCCUCAACAUCACCGAGUGCGGCCUAGAGACUACGGAAGGGCUGGAGGGUCUGACAGGCCUAACGGCCUUGCACCUGUCGAGCAACCACCUGCAAUCUUUGGAUGGGGUAGGGGGGAUGACAAGGCUGAAGAAGUUGUGGGCUAACGAUAACCGCAUAACGUCGAUGGACGGGUUAUCCUCUCUAGGGGCUCUCGAGGACCUCUGGCUGUGCCGUAACCGGCUGACCGAAAUUGGAGACGGCCUCCCCCUGGGCAGAACCCUGCGAGAGGUCAACCUUGCCCACAACCAGCUGGGAUGUUUCAAGGAGCUCCUUAAGCUCGCCCCGCUCGAAGGGCUGCGGAGCUUGACACUCCAGGACAUCCACUUUGGCGACAACCCCGUGUGCGGGCUGUCCAACUACAAGACCUACGUCGCGUACCAUUUGACGCAGUUGACCUCGUUGGAUAUGGAGGUGGUCUCGGAGGAAUCUAAGGCCUUCGCCAACACCGUCUUCCUCAAGAAGAGCAUGUACUACAACAUGCGAUCGCGGAUUGUGAAGAGGCACGCUGGGCACGUCAUCCGAAAGGCUACAGAGCUCUGCGGGGAGAAGGCCGCCAACCUCCAGACCACGCUUAUCCACCUCCAGUGGCAGAGGAAGCACGUAGAGCAGCGCCUCAUGGCCAGGCGCGCGGCCCAUGACCUAGGCAACGGGGACACCGAAGCCACCAUUGCUGGCGACGAUGCUGCCAGUGAAGGGCUUACCGCCACAGAUGCGGCCGUCACAAAGGGGAGCAGCGGGUGUCCGGCAACAGCACAGAGCGCCAACAGCAGAAAACGGAAGGGCGCAAUCGCGAGCAGCAUGUCAUCGCCCUCCAUGCCUGGCAGCACCAAAAGGUCUACCUCUCGCGCAACAGCAGCGACGGAGCCCGAAGGGCUGGAGGUGCUGCAGCUGAUCGCGAAGGGGCAGGCCCUCUCUAGCGCCGUGGUGGUGGUGGAGGGGGUACUGCACAAAAUGGAAGAGCAGUUGGGAGUAUUCAAAGAGGUGGUGGGGCGGGCGUGCAAGCGAGCGGUGUCGGAGCUGAUGCUCGAGUUUGACACAGGAGGAAACGUGCGCUUCGAGGAAGGCCGACCGGGUGACGUCUGGUUUUCUUCCUGCGCCGACCUUGUCAAGUCACGCGUGACGAGUGCCGUCGAACACGCCUCGACUGGCGGCUUAUCGAGCGGCGGGAGACAACAGCAGCUUGCGGGAAGCGAAGUCUCGACCGGCGACGGCGCAAGGGAGGACGGGGAAGAGUGCCGUCGAGGGGCCGGCCUCUCCACGGAAGGGAAGGCUUGGCGCAGCCCGUUGUUAUCGGUGCCCCAGGAGCUCAAGAAACGCGGCAGCGGCAGCGACAGCAAGAGCUCACCGCCGUGCCGCCCGUGUGAAUCACCGAGCCGGGCCGCCGAAACGGCGGCAACUACCGUCGAUGCUUCUUUCGUCAGCGCUCCCGACAGCGGCAGGAGUAGCUCCACUGCCAGCGGGGAUCUACUCACAAGCAGUAUCCCCGGAGGCGGUAGUUUGUCGAGAGCCGCCGCCGAGGGAAGGGGUAAGAAGAGCGACAAGCGAUCGUCCUCGUCGUCGCCGUCAUCGUCCCCCCGAAGCCUGGAGUAUCUGUUUUUCACGGAGGGGAGGGGCAGAACGGCCAGAAGCAGGGAACCAAGCGGUGGUGGUGACUGGAGCAACGGCGGCGGCGGCGGCGGCGGCGGCGGCGGCGGCGGCGCGUUCGAUGCCGGCGUGGGCGGUGGCAGCGCGCACGACAGCUGGCAGCCGGACCUCCUAAAGCUGGCCGAGGACGGCUUUCGUCUGACGGACUGGAGCGAGGCCGACACCAACACCGCCGGGAACACCGCGACCACUGAAGAGCCGUCGGCACCAGGAGUGCGGGGUGGGGUAACGCAACUUGCCAGCCAACCGGGGACGGUCGGAAGACAUACCGCCGCGUCGGCCGGUGAAGUCUCCCACAGAUGCCGAAGGGAGGAAGAGCAUGCCCCCUGCCGGGCUCAGUCUGUCGUUCUUUCUACCCACCUGUGCGAGGCCGACAUCCCGGGCAGGAAGGCGGCUACCCCGGCGGGGGCGGCGGCGGCGAACAGCACCAGCUCGGACUCCGUCGUCUUCGCGCCGCCGGCCUCGGUAGGGCUGGGGAACGAAGCGUUCGUGCCGCCGGUGUACAGGGUCCUAGUGGUCAAGGUGUACACGGGUCGGACUCGCCGUCUGCCGCCUGGGUCGUCCGCGGGCUGCGGCGAGGGGGGGGGAGGGUGCAGCAGUACCACCAGGAGGCCUCCCCGGCCCGGAGUGCUAAGGGAGGCCUGGGCAACGGGGUACAAGUCGGUGUGCGUUAGCGGAGAAGAUGGGGUGAGCGCGGGCGGCGGCGGUGGUGGCCAUGCCAACGGAGAGGGGGGGGGUUCUUCCAAAAGCGCGCCAUCUCGGUACCAGGAAUGGCAUGUGCUGGACGGCGCGCUGGCUCUACCGGAGUACAUAAUCGAGUUCGACUUCUCGCCCGAGAUGGGGAAGGAUGGGCAAGCUAUCAAGGACGGCGUGCGCCAGCGCGUCAACAAGUGGAGGCACGAGCUGGCCCCUUCCUACCGAUCCUCCUCCCUCGCCUCCUCCCCGUCCUCGUCAUCUUCCUGUCCGCCGGCUUCUACGUCAUCGAAGUCCUCGACCGCGAAGGCGACCGGUAGCGGCGGCGGCGGCGGCAGCAGCAGCAGCAGCGGACGGGCAUCCGGGGGAGCGGACGUGCUGCCGUUUCUGAUCCCCCUGGCGAGGUUAGCGAGGCAGCUCGAGAUAGACGCGGCUUCCUAUGCAACUAGAUACGAGGCAGGAAUCUCGAAGGCCUUGAGGAUGCAACCGUCGGCUCCGGCCCUGGGCAUCCCGCCCGGUUCGAGCAACGGCAAAGGGUGCGGCGUGGGUUCGGGUGGCUGCGGCGGUAGCGGCGUGUCCGCCGCUCCGGGGGAUCGCCUAGAACACCUGUCAGCGUGCGCCGUUGCCGCCAGGCCUGGCCACAUGUUGACUCGCCUAAGCUUGCACGGGCAGGGGGUCCGCACGAUCGAGGGUCUCGAGGCCUGUCACAACCUCAAAGUGCUGAUCCUGAGCUUCAACGAAAUUUCUUGCCUCCAUGGACUGGCCGGCUUGACGCACCUCCGGCACCUCGACCUGGGGUACAACAUCAUCGAAGGCGUGCAGCACUACAGCGGCGCCACCGCUACCAAAGCGACCGAUGCCGUUGUGGCCCCCGAUGACUACACCGGUGGCAGUGGCGCCACAAUCGUUCCGAACAUAGUAGCGCGUGGCAGUACUGAACACGAGCGAUCACGUACGUCGGAGGAGACUCCGAGGAAAGCGGCCGUUUUCAAAGAAGCGGCGGCGUCGGCGGCGGCGGCGGCGCGCGGGGACGCGGGUGGUGGGAGGGGGAAGGACGAGGGGGAAACGGUGUGCGCGUCUCCUGCCACCGCGGAUAUCUCGCUCCCUUCCUUGACGCGGUUGGAUUUAAACAACAACAUCUUGCACAACUUGGAUGACCUGAAGGCGUUGUGGAACAUUGCCCCGAACUUGACCGUCCUUGACAUGCGGGGGAACCCGCUCAGGGCGGCCAGGACGUACCGCGGCGCGGCUGUCAGGGGCAUCCCUAGCCUGGAAGUGCUGGAUGGGAAGUCGGUCACGCACAGAGAAGUGUCCCUUCACAACGCCUGCCGCACCCAGAAGGUGGCGGCAGAAGUGGAGGACCGCCCUCCGGGGAGGGGGGCGGGGGGUCGGAGAAGAAGGAGCAGAAGCGAGGCUUCUGCUGCGAUAGAGAACAAGGACGAGGAGGGUUGGGAGCAACGUCUUAGUGCGUCUGCGAAGGAGGAGGAGGAGGAGGAAGACGAGGAAGAGGAGGAGGGGGGUGGGGAGGAGGAAGAGGAGGGGGAGGACGCGGAGGACGAGGAGGAGGAGGACGAGGACGGGUGGGACGCGGAAGCAUGUAAUAGAGAUAGGAGGAGUAGCGGGCCAUUGACUCCUUCGACGGCGUUGAAAACGGCAUCGCGGGACAAGAGCGCCUCCAGCAUCGUAGCUGCCGAUCCAGACAGCCCGAGCAAUAGCGGCAGUGAUCGUGACAGCGGCGCCGGUAGGCCGAGGUCGACUCCAGCAGCCGGAAGCGUCGGCGAACUACUUUCAAGCAACACUUUUGUAACACGCGGCGGUGUCACUAACGAUGGGGAAACAGCCAGCGUCGACGACAAGGAUGCUUCUGUGACGGAUCCAUCGUGCCCCUCGCACCCCUCGACGGGGUUGCUGCUAGAGGACAUCGAGUUGGUGACCCUUCACAACCUAUCUCUACACAAGCUGGAAGGCAUGGAGCGGCUUGUUUUUGUGAGGGUGGUUGAUCUCUCCGGGAACGAACUGCACGACACUGCGCCCCUGAGGUCCUGCGCUUGCCUUGAGGAACUCAAUCUGGAAGGCAACGAGCUCACAACCGCGGGGCUUCGAGGGCUGGUUGGCCUACGGCGUCUCAUGAAGCUCGAUCUUGGCUACAACCAGAUUUCCGACCUCCAUCCCCUGUGCGGACUCACGGGGUUAAGCCAGCUAUCCCUCGAAAGCAACCUGCUGCACAAUCUUCGCGGGCUGACGAAACUGGUCAACUUGAUGGAGCUUUACUGCGGAAAUAAUGACAUCACGGCCGCACCCGAGGUAACCCCACUGACGCACAGGAAGAAUACUUAA